AAAUUAUUCAUGAUUGCAUUUGUAAUUUAUGCAGCAAAAACAAUGAUCUCAACCACCCUUUUUAACUAACUUGAAGUAUGGCCAACAAGUAAGGCGCACUUGCACGUAUAGCCUCUAGUGGCAAAAAAAUGGCGGAAAAAUUGGAUAAAAACACUACGAAAUCAGCUGCUAGUUACAGCUCAAGCGCCACACUACGCGCAGAAGAGGAACUAAAGACUGACUUUUUUAUAAGUGAAGAUAAUCUAAGUAAUGCUUUGGAGAAUAAGCUUAAAGAAGAAAUAGCUGCUCAGUCUCUAAUAUUGAGUUCGUUGAGUGGAGCACCAUCAACACAGCAAGAAGCAGUACAUCAACAACAACAGCAGGAACAACAAAAUCUUCCACAAAUUGAAUCCAACUUAUCACUGAAGUCGGAAAAAAAUAUGUCAAGUGAACACACAGAUUUAGCUUUUGAUGUUUCUCAAGCAAUUGGUGUUGAGAUGAUUGCCAUUCAACAUGAUGGAAAUGACUCAACAAGCACAGUGGAUGUGAAAGAAAUUUCUGUUGCUAGUGACUAUUUGAAUACACAGAAUCAGGUAGCUGGGUCAAUUUUAGAUACUGGGUUAUCUGGUUCCUCGGUGGUUCUUAAUGCUAUUGCAAUAAAAGGUGCAAAUGGAGUAACCGAAAUUCAAUUUGAAGGAACAGAUAUAAUUGACUCAGCAGAAGUUGAUGCUAUUACACAUGAACCUCAACAAGAGACUGAAAUAGGAAGAAUUAAUGAAGAUGGUAUAGUAAAUUUUACCUCAAACGAAAUAGAAUUACCAUCAACAGAACAGCUAAAAUAUCCAAAACUAUUUGUUGCUACAACAGCUCAAGAAGCACACGAAAUCAUUAAAAAAUAUGCAGAGGAAACAAUGUCUACAUUUGUAUCAAUGAGAAAAAUGAAACAAUUUGGAAUUACUGAGGGUGGAAUUGAUUUGACAAAGAAAAAUUAUAGAGUAUUUUUUGAAAGUUCAGAUGUUGAUUAUGAUGGUAUACCAUACGUGUAUGUUGCAGACAAAAUGUAUAUUUGUCAUUUGGGAAAAGAUAAAACUGAAGUUACCAGGCAAAAGAUUAGACAACAAAGUAUGGAAAGGCGAAUGAAGAUGGGCCUGCCUACAAAAGAUCUCAGUUCAACGCGCCUUAGAACGAAGAAAAUCGAUUGUCCUGUCAAGAUAACUGUUAAAAUGAUUGCGAAGUUUCCUCAGUAUAAGGUUAUUCGGAAAACAAAGAGAGUAUGCGAAACUGCUUCUAAAAAAGUACGACAGGCGCUGGUGGAAACAAAUGGUAAACUGAGUUGUUAUUAUUCGUUUGUUGGAAGACUACCUGGAACCAGGGAGCAUAAUCAUCUAGUUGGAGAGGAAAAUUCAGAACACGAACCGAUUGAUCCAUUAAUCAAAGACAAAAUCAUUCAAUUGACAUGGGAGGGUGUUCCGAGUUCUAACGAAGUGAAACGCCUACUGGAAGACUACGUCGAACGUGACUUGUUUGCCGGCAAGCCUACUCCGUCAAAGUUACGACGACGUUACUAUCCAAACGUCAAAGAUAUAAGGAACUACAUGAACAAAGCGAAAAUGCUAACAAGGUUGUCAUCAGAUAUCAAGGAAGAGUUGCGUUUGUUGGCAUCAAAACUACAGCAAACCCGUCCAACGGAGAACAUCAUUUUACAAUCUGAGCUACUCGACGCCGGACAGGAAGCACUUUUGCAGCUCAAAACAUCUGCCGAUGAUGACACCACGCCGAAACCUACGCUCAUAUUUUGUCACCAAACCUCUCAACAACAGCGGUUGCUAAAGAGGUAUGGUAACCAAGUCAUGAUCUGCGAAGUGACCAACUUAGUCGAACGUGUUCCCUUUCCUCUAAUAUGUUUGUUUGUGCAGACUAAUGUUGAUUACCAGAUGGUAGGAUCGUUUGUGGUUGAAGUAAGAAAUAAAGAAUCUCUUCAGCAAGGUUUGAUGUCUAUUAAAGAAUGGAACCCAAGUUGGUCACCCAAGUAUGUCAUCUUAGAUUACUCUGACGAGCAAGCAGAGGCUGUUAAGAUUGUAUUUCCAGGUUGCAGUCAAUUUAUAUCGGAAUCAUCGCGCGAAAGAAGUUGGCGUCAGUGGUUAACUAAAUCGGAAAAUAAAAUACUGGGCGAUCCCAGCCAAGUCUUUCAGCAAUUUCAAGCUAUUGCAAAUGCGUACAACGAAGAAGUGCUUCAUCAAGCUGCACUGCAACUGGAGAACUCUGACGUGUGGAGAGAAUCUGCUAACCUUCGUAGUUGGUUUAACUCCAAUUGGUUGCUCGAAGCGAAACGAUGGGUGGUUGGUUAUCGUCCUGACGACUUUAUCGUCACUCUUCACAACGAAUCGACGUUUGAGCAAGACAUCAAGUCACUUCGUGACGCUCACAUCAACCUCAUGAGAGGAAAAAAACUUGGCGCUCUUAUCGAACGAUUGGUGGAGAGGAUUAUUCCAGAUUUCUACAGAAGGUACAUCGAAUUAAAUCGAAAGUCCUACACACAAGCUAAUGAGCUAAAGGUUUUGUAUGGCGACCAACUUCCAACGUGUUUAGUCAAUAAACCGGCUGCCGUCAUUAUGCAUGUGCUCGAUCAGAUUAAAUCCACUGAAGCGACGGUUUACCAGGUGAGUCACGUUCAACCUGGUGUGUUUUGGGUUCAAGAUGCUUCCAGCGGAAAUGCGAACGACCAAGCCCACACGGUUUCUUUCGGUGACACAACAAAUCUACCAUCUUGCGAUUGCUUUGAUUGGCAGAGAUAUAAAUUACCUUGCAAGCAUUUGUGUUCAGUGUUCAGUUCGUUUCCCGAUUGGGGCUGGGACAUGUUAAAUGCAUCGUACACUGCAAAUCCUCUGAUAAAUCUCGAUUAUUCGUGCAUUAAACCUUGGGUGGACGCACAAGAUAAACAAGAGCAGCGGUUGUCUCAUUUUACUACAGCUCCGACUUUCAAUUUGAAAGGCAAUGAGUCCAAGGUUGCUACUUCGAAACUCGAUUCAAUAGAGAAAACCAUAAACGCUAAUGACAUAAAGAUUUCUGAUGUGGAACUUGAAGUACCUGUUUCUGCCAGUAAUGGCAGCGCUAGUAGCGAGUCAGGGCUUUUAAAUAUAAACGCUGCCGGAGAUAACGUUUCCGAACAACAAAAAAAUGUACUUGCCGUUCAAUGCGAAGAUUUGCUUCAAAACUUAGCGCAGAUAUCCACUGAACUGGCUAACAGUGAUCAGCUGGAGAGACUAAAAUCUGAUUUACAGGCAUCGAUAGGUAUGUUUCGUAGUCCGUCUAGUACAACUCUGUCUGAGAAACAAUCUUCAAAACGCAACGUAGAAGACGAGGACAGUACAGAUGCUGAUGUUAAAAAACUAAAAAUAGAUCUUGAGAGAAGUGACUCGUCAGUUGAGGAAUUGUACGUGUCCGAAGAAGAGGAGCGUGUAGGAAUACACGUAGAUGAUGGAACAGACAUAGAAGAUGAAACGGUAGAAAUAAGUACACAAGACGAAGAGACGCCUCCGCGUACGCCUGAACAAAAUGUUGUAAUACCUAACGAAGACGUGCCGAUACAUACAGUUCUGACGAGACCUCCUGUUCAGGAAUUAACUCCCGAGCAAAGAGAAAGAAAACUGCUAGCUAUUCUAACCGCUAGCAACAACUAAAAUAAGAUUUUUUAGAUAUAUUCUCGUCGUUCUGUUGUGUAAUAUGCAUGCCUGCUGUCAUUGUGCCUUGUUAUUUGCUAACAAGGCACAAUGACAGGGGUGUGGUAAAUGGCAAGAAUAAAAACAACUGCGGAAAAAAAAUUUUAAAUCUCGAGAAUAGGUACUUUAAAAAUUUUGCAUUUAAUCUACGGGUGCGUCUAAAAAGUUUACUUUGCCAUACUCUCACAUACGCUCCUUUUUUAAAUAUAGAGAAAUUAAUAGCUACUGAAAUACUAGCAAAAUAUUGGAUAUUGGUAUUCUUUACUUAAUUGGAAGAAAUUUUCGCGGUGAGAAUAUUGUUGAUCCUACCACAAACACACCAACUCGACUUAAUUUUCAAAUAUUUCAACUCGACUUCAGAAAAUGAAAUACAGGAAAAUAAUGCCAAGUUGAAGAGCUUCUCCCUUUAAAGUUUUUAUGACACCGAACAACACUGACGAUUAUUCAGUACUGCAAAGAUUUAGGACUCCGCCUGUUAUUGAAGGUAUUAGGCAUUUCUUAACACCUAAAGGCAAUUUUCUUUCAAAAGAAAAACUUCACUUAAAUUCGCAGUAAUAAUUUCCGUAUACUUUUUAUUUUUGCCUUUCUUGUUCCCUCGGGCAUGAUGGGGAUUAUUGUUGCUGUUUACAAGAGGAGCAACUUUUUUUUCAGAAUUUUAAUUUGGUUUGUGAUUGUUACAAUGGUAAUGUUCGAAAGAUAUAAAGAUUUAUCGUA